AAAUCGUGGUCGUCUAACGAAGAAACAACAUUAAUGGCUGCCUCCAGCUGCUACUGCAUGUGUUAUCUUUCCGAUAACUCUUUUAUGUGAUAUUUAGCGAUUUUCCGUCUGUAAACACGUAAUUGUUGACAAUAAAUAAAGAUUAUAUGCACCGUCAGAUAUAGCUCACUUAAAAUGAAGGCAAAGGCGCAGAGGAAGAGCAGAGGGAAAGGUGGAAGGCAAAUCCACAAGGAGAAACUUCAGAAAUUCAUGGAUUCAGUUAAUGACUUUGUGAAGAGCAAAGGCGGCUUCGAUGAAAAUGAAAACAACCAAAGAGCAACCUUCGUUAAGAGGAAAAGUAGAAAAGAGCUGCGCAAAGAGAAACGUAAGAUAAAGAAAGCCAAGAUGAAAAAUCACUACAUGGGCCAAUCACUCAAGAAGCCCAGCGAGGAACCUGCGCAAAAUACUCCUACUGUGAAUGAGGAAAACACACGGAAAUCAGCUGUGAAGCUGACCGGAAAUCUUAAAAAUGCCGCUCAGAGACAGCAGAAGACAAAUAAAGACAACAUUAAUAUUAAAGAUGGUGUAGAAGAGACGACUAAAAAGAAAGUCCACUUCUCCGAACAUCUGCCAAAGCCGAGACAGAAAACUAGUUUAAACGAGAGCAGAAAGCUGGCUCUAUUAGAGGCAAACAUCGAAGAGGACAAAGAAAUAAAGAAAUUAGAAAAACGCCUUGGACUGAACAAAAGAAAGAACAAAAAGAGUCUGCCCCAGUCAUUCGCCAACGACGGACUCGAUUAUAUUUUAGGAAUUCUUGAGCCUGGAGCAUCUGCGACAGGACUGUAUGAGAGCGAUGAAGAAAUGGACACUGACAAAGCGAAGGAUAACUUUGAUGAGUUGGAAGAGGACAGCGACGGGCAAAUGACAGAUGAUGGGAAAAAAGAUGACAGUGGGGAUGAAGAUGACGCUGAUGAAGAAGAUGGAGAGGAUGACACACACAUGGAAGAAGAGGAGGACGUAGAAGACGACACACAGAUAGAAGAUUAUGUGGAAGAACAUGAAGAAGAGGAAGAUCACACAGAUGCAUCAGAGGAAAAUGAUCAUGUAGAGGAAGUUGAAUCUGAACAAAAAAGACACGAAAGCCAGGAACCAAAUCCUGCCACAUUGGGCAAGUAUGUUCCACCUCACCUACGAGAAGCCGUGGACAGCAAACGCAAAGCCGAGCUGGAGAAACUGACACGCCGUGUGAAAGGUCUGAUAAACAGAUUGAGUCAGCCCAAUAUGGCGUCUAUCAGCAGUCAGUUGGAGGAGCUAUACAUGAGCAGCAGCAGGAAGGACAUGAACGACACACUCACCGACAUUCUGCUGGCUGCCUGCGUCACACCUGCUCUCAUGCCUGAAAGGCUUCUUAUGGAACACAUCCUACUUGUCAGCGUCCUCCACCAUAGUGUUGGCCUGGAGGUUGGAGCUCAUUUUCUGGAGACUGUAGUCCGUCAGUUUGAUAAAACCUACAGUCAACUUAAUGCUACGGACAAAGAAUGUGACAACUUGGUGUCCAUAAUUGGCCACCUAUACAACUUCAAUGUGGUUCAUGCUGUCCUAGUGUUUGACAUUCUGAAGAAGCUGGUGACAUGUUUCAGCUCAAAGGAUAUAGAACUAGUUCUGCUGCUGCUGAAGAAUGUUGGGUUUGCUCUGAGAAAGGAUGAUCCGCUGGCUCUUAAAGAGAUGAUCUCUGAGGCUCAGCAGAAAGCCAACACUGAAGGAGAGUGUUUUCAGGACCAAACAAGGAUUCGGUUUAUGCUGGAGACUAUGCUGGCACUGAAGAACAAUGACAUGAGGAAGAUUCCGGGUUAUGACCCUGAACCUCUGGAGAAAUUAAGAAAACUGCAGAGGACUUUGAUUCACAGCAGUGCUGGUGGCAGUGAUAUGAAGUUAAGAGUCUCACUAGACAAUCUUCUGGAAGCUGAGCGUGUUGGCCGUUGGUGGAUUGUGGGAUCUUCCUGGAGUGGAGCACCCAUGAUUGAUGACCAUGGGAACAAGACAACCACCACGUCCACCAAAGGGGAACAAUUCAGCGCAAAGAUUUUGGAGCUUGCACGCAAACAAAGAAUGAACACUGACAUCAGAAGGAACAUUUUCUGUGUGCUUAUGUCAAGUGAAGACUAUUUGGAUGCCUUUGAGAAACUUUUAAGGUUAGGCUUGAAAAACCAGCAAGAGCGGGAAAUUGUUCAUGUUCUGAUGGACUGCUGCCUGCAGGAGAAAAUGUUCAAUAGAUUCUAUGCGGUUCUGGCAGAGAAACUUUGCUCACAUGACCGGCGGUUCCAGAUGACCUUUCAGUUUAGUCUGUGGGAUAAGUUCAAAGAAAUGUCAAACCUUUCCAGUAGGUCUUUCAGUAACCUGGUCCAGAUGGUCACUCAUCUUUUACACAGGAAGAGUCUCUCUCUUUCCAUUCUAAAGGCUAUUGAGUUUGGAGAGCUAGAUAAGGCCAGAGUCAAAUUCCUGAAGCAGAUUCUCUCGAAACUCCUUAAAGAAACCGAGCCAGAAGAUCUUGUGAAUAUAUUUGGCAGGAUCUCUGGAAUUCCCAAGCUAGGAAUGCUGCGGGAAGGCUUGAAGCUUUUCAUCAGUCACUUUCUGCUCCGGAAUGUUCAGACACAAGAACCAUCUGAGCAAGCCAAGGUACUCAUGGACAGAGCCGAGGUCGCCACCAAAGCCAUGGAGGCCCGGGACGCCAAAAUGAAGCUAUAGAGCACGCAAAUGUGUGCUAAAAGCAUCAGACUCAAAAAGUGAACAUUUCUACGCAGGGCAAUAUGCAAGCCUGUAUGCAGACUUUAAGACACAUGCAUAUCACUGACAUGCUAUUCUAUUUUCUAUUAAUGACAUUCUGUAGAAAAAUAAAAAUAUGUAAAAUAUAUAAAUAUAAAAUUUUUAGUGUUUUUUUUUUUUUUAAAGAGUUACGUGCUUGGUAUGAUAUAAGAUGUUUAUCACUAGGUUUUUUAUUA